UUACAAAAUCUAUAAAUGGCUAAUAAAGAAUUUAUUUUCAUCGUAUCUAGAGUUACAAGAAGACUGCAGCAAAUCUAAUAAAAACAGUUCAUCGUAUGUAUACAUACAAUAAUAAUACACACAUUCUAAUUCAUUAAUUUUAUCGUAAGUAUACUUAAGAUGUCCAUUAUUUUUAUUUUAGCGAAUGCAGUUUUAUCGUAACUUGAGAUACGAUGUUACAAAUCCGGCAACUCUGCCCGCGUGCGCUUCUGAAUUCAUUCGAGUUGAGUUACGAUGUUAGUACACGGGAGUUAGGAUCAAAUUAUUAUUUAACAGACAAGGCGAGGACAUGUGUAUUGUUUUUGUGUGUUAUUUAUCUUAAAUGCCGGUAAAUUAUUCGACUAAUAUUUUUAAAAAAAUGUGCUCACGUGGAAGGUUUUUAGUGAAGCUUGCACAGGAAGAAAACAGUAGUGAUACUGAAAACCACUGCCCCAAUACGAGCUUAGAACAAGCAUUAGCACGCUCCCCAAUUUUUGAUGGAAAUGAUUUUGAUCCCGGUUUUGAUGAAGUAGAUCCUGCUGUAUUAUUAUUUGGUACUACUCAAGAUGGAUUACCUGUGCAUGAAGAGACGACUACUUCUGCAAAUGUACAGUAUUUAGAAAAUACUGAUGGGGAUAUUCUGGCUAUCCAUACUGAGCUUAAAGAUGAUGCUAAUGAAGAAACAACUUCAAUGGAAACGACUGUUUUAAAGGAAGUGAAUUUAUCUGUAACUAUAGAAAGUAAUGUCACUGAACAACUUCAAACUGAUGCUGAAAAAAAUAUAUCACCUGUUAGAAAAAAGUUUAGAAAUGAGAAUAAUUGGAAAGUUAAAAUAGCUAAAAAAAGAAGAAAUACAGGUCAAGAAUAUACGUCUUACGCUACCAAAAAAAUUGUUAAGGCUAGAAAAAUCAAAGAAAGUUGUGUAAAGAAAAAAUAUCAAAUGGAAUGUUACCAGAAGAUUUCAGAAGAUCAGCGAAAAAACAUUUUUUAUAAAUUCUGGAAACUAGGAAAUCAUGAUAAACACAUGGACUUUUUAUCAAAGCACGUUAAAAAAAUGCAAAAGAAGGCAGAAACAGUGAAUACAAAUUCAAGACGUCAAUUUACAAUGGAGUACUAUUUUACAGUGGAUGAACUCAUCAUUAAAGUAUGCAAAACUUUUUUUUUAAACACGCUCAGUAUUACUGACAUCUGGAUAAGAACUGUAAUGCUUAAGUUAGAUAGAAACACGAUUGGAAUAGGAAGUUCAGAUGGCAGAGGCAGAGUCACAAGUACAGAUCCAAAAGUUGAAGCUACCAGGAAAUUUAUAAGGCAGCACAUUGAGUGUCUUCCCACAACCGAGUCACAUUAUAUACGUAAGGAGUCAAAUCCUAAAUACCUACAAGUUGAUAUACAGUCCAUAGCACAGAUGUAUAGACUGUACUUAGAAUGGGCCUAGGAAAAAAUAUUAGUCCGAUUGCUACUUGCAGACAGUAUCGGUAUGUCUUUGAGCAUGAGUUUAUUAUAGGGUUUUUUUUACCAAAAAAAAAUACCAGUGCGAGGUUUGCGAUAAGUUUUUACUGGCAGAUGACAGCAAAAGAGAAGAACUUGAACAAGAAAAAAGAAGACACCAAGCCAACAAAGACGCCGUAAGAAAAUUAAAGGAAAAGGACAAGGAGCAGGCAAAAGAUGAUAAAUCAUUAAUUAACGUCGCCUGUUAUGAUUUACAACAAAUUUUAGUUACCCCACACAAAGAUGUCAGCAUUUUUUAUUACAAAUUAAAAUAUAAUACGUAUAAUUUAACGAUUUUUGACGUUGGAAAUAUUAAAGGGCAUUGCUAUCUCUGGCACGAGACAAUUGCAAAACGAGGAGCUAAUGAAAUUGGAAGUUUUGUGUUGGAUUUUCAAUGUAAAUCGAAAACAGAAUGGCGUCGAUACUUUUGUGUUUUACACAGAUAAUUGCGCUGGUCAAAACAGGAAUCGGUUUGUUUAUGCCAUGUAUGUGUAGGCAGCGGAAAAAUAUAGCGUAAAUAUUACACACCGUUUCCUGGAAAAAAGCCAUACGCAGAACGAGGGAGACAGUGUCCAUGCUCUUAUAGAGCGACAGAAAAAGGGUAAAGUAAUUUACAUACCAGAGCAGUGAACUAUGCUUAUAAAAAUGGCAAAAGUUACAGGUGAACCAUAUAAUGUUAUAGAAGUCAGUCAAGAUAUGGUUUAUGACUUAAAGGGACUAGUAACACCCGAAAGAAACUGAAAAAAAGAUCAAAAUGGAAAAACUAUAAGAUGGAAUGAUAUAAAAGAAAUUGAAAUAUUAUGACGAAUACAUGACGACCCUUUACAAAUAAAAAUUAAAUAUGAUUUUGUCGAUGAGAAUAACCAUUGCUUGCUAGAUUUAAAGAAGAAAACCAUUAGUGAGAGUAUGAAACUAAAGUUAAGUUGCCAAAACAAGGGAUUAGGCAAGGCUUAUGAAGGCCCACUUAAAAUCUCCAAUAAAAAGUUCGAUCACUUACAAUUCCUAUGCAGGAAUGGGAUCCCCGAUUUAUAUCAUAAUUUUUACCAAAACCUUCCCCAUGGAGAUAAUGAGGAAAAUGAAGAUUCUGACUGAAAAUUUAUUCCACUUCUGUCGAAAAGUAGAUUUUUAUGUUCAUUUAUUUAUUUGUAUUUUCUUAAAUAAAUAUUUUGUCUCUUUA